CUUCGCAACCGACGCUGAAAACUGCGCGCACGGAGCGGUUUGUCUCCGGCGCCCGGACUCACCGCCGUGCCGGCUGGCUCGUCGCGUGCGUGUUGGACCCUGCGCGGGAUAUUUUUAAAAGCCACACCCGCCCCUCCUGCCUCGCCGGACGGGGGGGCCCUCGGCGCCGGCGGCUUUGUGGCUUCCUGGUUCUUCCAAGGUCGGUGGCGUUAUAGUGUGCGCGUGGUGGGGAGGCCGGCACUGGAUCAGCCGGCUGUUUUGUUCGGAACGCGCUGAACUGCAAUUGUUCACGUCGUACGCUGGAACUAUCUUGCUGUCACCUACCCCAAAUAUUGCGUGGCUUGUGGGUCACGCAUAGCAGCUUCCACUUCUAAAACAGUGCCGCUUGCUUAUCGGUGCGUGACAGCUAUCGUCUUGCAAUUGGAAGAAUAACAACGUGUGUGCCUGCGGGCGUCGUGGCUCGAAUAUCGUAAUCGUCAGCCGGUGGUGUUAUACAAUCCACGGUUGGAACCCUGGCGGCUCGUUUCACCACUCGCCGCUCCGGUGCUUGUUCGUUCGACGGGCGGGACCCGACGUGAGGAAGACGUUAUCUGAAAGAAGAAGGCGUGGGAGCUCCGUCGGCCGGCUUGUAGUCAGCUCAGCGUCGUCGCUUUCAACCCCGUCGUUCCACCAUGGGUCUUGGAGUGAAAAUCGAAGACCGGCGCCUUUCCUGGAACACGUGGAACACCAAGGCGCCCAUCUACAAACUGGGUGAGCGUGGCGCAGGCCUAAAGAACCGCAGUGGGCGCAUCCAGGACUUUCACCAGCUGCGCAAGGAGUGCCUUGCCAAUGGGGCACUCUUCGAGGACCCCGAGUUUCCCUGCAAGGGCAGCUCUGUCUGGGGCAACAAGGACCCCAAGUUUCCAGUCACCUGGCUUCGGCCACCGGAAAUGUGCAAUAAUCCAAAGCUGUUUGUGGAUGGAGCAUCAAGGUUUGACGUUGUUCAAGGAAGUGUUGGGAACUGCUGGAUGGUGGCGUCUGCAGCCAACCUGACAUUGAAUGACGAGCUGUUCUACCGCGUGGUUCCUGACGACCAGUCGUUUCACGAAGACUAUGCGGGCAUCUUCCACUUUCGAAUUUGGAAGGCCAACCGGUGGAUCGACGUUGUGAUCGACGACCGGCUGCCAACACUCGAUGGCAGCCUCAUCUUUAUGAAGUCACGCUCGGGCAAUGAAUUCUGGAGCGCCCUACUGGAGAAGGCUUAUGCCAAGCUCCAUGGCAGCUAUGAGGCACUCAGUGGGGGCUCUGCCUGUGAGGCCAUGGAGGAUUUCACAGGCGGCCUCACGGAAUCCAUCGACCUCAAAAACCCACCCAAGCAGCUCUUUGUGCUCAUGCUGAAAGCAUACGAGCGCUCUUCACUCAUGAGCUGUUCCAUUCCGGUGGGCUCGAUUCCAGAAGAGAAGCUGGCCAGCGGCCUUGUUGCUGGCCAUGCCUACAGCAUCACUGCUGUGCGGCUGGUGUACAUUGAGCGGCUGAAAGGCCGUAUGCCCCUGAUCCGGCUGAGGAAUCCCUGGGGAGACGACACCGAGUGGAGGGGGGCUUGGAGCGACCAGUCGCGUGAAUGGUCCCUUGUGUCACCCGAGGAGAGAGAAGCUAUUGGCCUCACAUUCGACGCCGAUGGCGAAUUCUGGAUGUCAGAAAGGGACUUUAUGCGGGAAUUCCACUUUCUAGAAAUCUGUAACUUGGGUCCCGACUCACUGGACCAGGACGUACUUACAGACACGUCAAAAAAGAAGUGGGAGGUGUCAGUCUUUGAAGGAUCCUGGGUACGAGGGGCCACCGCUGGAGGUUGCCGAAACUACCUUGAUACCUUCUGGGUGAACCCGCAGUAUUUCAUCACUCUGGAGGAUCCCGACGACGACGAUGCAGAGCAGAACUGCACCUUGAUAGUGGCACUCAUGCAAAAGAAUAGACGGGCAGCCCGAACUCUGGGGGCAGGGCUGUUCCUCACCAUUGGCUUUGCCCUCUACAAAAUCGAUGACCCUGACAACUGCCCGACACCAUUGGAUAUGGCAUUCUUCAAGUACAAUCCGUCGGCGGCAAGGUCGCACACAUUCAUCAACUCGAGGGAAGUGACCACUCGCUUCAACCUUCCUCCCGGCACCUACUGUGUGGUGCCCUCCACUUUCGAGCCCAACCAGACGGGAGAGUUCCUCCUGCGGAUAUUCACUGAGAAAAAGAACAUCUCCCAUGAACAUGAUGUACCUCCUGCCAUCGUUCCUCCUGCUGAUAACGUUCGUGCGAAAGAAGAGGACCCCAGUUCUGAUCGUGCUCAGCAGUUGCGAGCGCUAUUUGCCAAGAUUGCUGGUGACGACAUGGAAGUGAACAGCUAUGAACUCCAGAAGAUCCUCAACAUGGUCUUCCGCAAAGCAGUGCGUCGCACGGUGUCAAAGCCACCACCACCCGAGCAAGAUUGUGAUUGGCGCCAGUUGCUUAAGUGUCUUGACUGCUUUAGCUCACAAUCUCCCCGGGAGAACGGUGACGACGACGAGAUUCGGUCUGAGCAGUUUUCUUUGGAUGUGUGCCGGAGCAUGGUGGCACUCAUGGACGACGACCAUUCAGGAAAGCUUGGGCUGGAUGAGUUCAGAGCUCUCUGGAUUCCUAUUAGGACCUGGAAGAAUGUCUUCACUGCAUUUGACAAAGAUGGAUCGGGCUAUUUGAACACGUUCGAGCUGAGGGCUGCCUUGAAUUCCGCCGGAUACCAAGUGAACCAGCAUAUUCUCAAAGCUCUGGUCCUUCGGUACGGCAACGACGAUGGAAACAUUGCUUUUGAAGACUUCAUUGGUUGUGCUGUUAAGCUGAGGACCAUGAUAGAGGUGUUCAAGGAGAAAGACACAAGAAAUAUUGGAAGUGCAGUGUUCACAAUUGAUGAGUGGCUGGAGAACACGAUGUAUGCGUAGAAUGCCGGAUGCAACUGACACGUGACUAUCCUUGAUACGUCUUCUUGGGGAAUCCCAGCCAACAAACUGCCAACUCCGGUCACUUCCAACAUCUCUUUCGGG